AUGGUGGCAGCGAAUGGCGGUGGCGGAUGGUGGGGGGAGGCGGCAGCGGACAGCGAUGCGGCCAAUGCGGAGGAUGGCGGCUGGAGGUGGCCGGCGAUGGGAGGAGGACAAUGGCGGGAGGAGGGUGACUGGUGGCGGGAGACGGUGGCCGGUGGAUGGCAGGCGGUGGCCCACGGCGACGGGAGGCGAGCGGCGAUGGGAGGAGGGCGGUCGGAGGCGCGACCGGUGGCUGGUGGGCGGCGGGUGGCGGCCCACGACGAUCGGCGAUGGGAGGUGGUCGAAGGCGGGCGGGCGGUGACGGGAGGAGGGAGGCCGGUGGCGGGAGACGAUGGCUGGUGGUGGGAGGCGGGUGGCAGCGGGAGGAGUGCAGCCAGUAGUGGGAGACGGUGGCCGGCGGCGAGAGGAGGGCGGGGGGAGGUGGGAGCGGUGGCCGGUGGACAGCAGCGCGGCGGCCGAAGGCAGGUGGCUGCGAGAGGAAGGAGGCCGGCGGCAAGAGACAGUGGCAGGCGGCGGCGGGAGCCGGUGGCCAGUGGAUGGCGGCUAGCGGUGGGAGGCGGGCGGUGGCGGGUGGCCGUGGCCGGCAAGUAG